AUGCUGGCCCUAGAACACCGUGCUUGCAGCUUCUUCUUGCAAUGUCGAUCUUCCGCACGCUGUAGCUAUCCACGCUCAUAUCCAAUCAAUCGAACUGUCCAAAGACGCGCUUUUGCAGACGCUGUUGAAUCUCCUCUGGCAAAGGACGUUGAGAGGAGAAAGCCAUACUAUGUGACUUCGCCUAUCUUCUACGUCAACUCCGCACCUCAUGUCGGCCACCUGUACACUCUAGUCCUCACUGAUAUCCUCAAGCGAUGGGCCCAGCUAUGCGGCGAUGAGAAGGCUACGCUCUUGACCGGUACUGAUGAACAUGGCAUGAAAAUACAAAAGGCAGCCCAGAAGGCCAACACUGACGUGAAGCUAUUCUGCGACUACCAUGCCGAGCAGUUCAAGACCCUCUGCAAUGCUGCCAACAUCAGCUAUGAUCGAUUCAUCCGUACCACCGACGCUGAUCACAGAGCUGCCGUCGAACACGUCUGGAACGAGCUGAAUCACGCCGGAUAUAUCUACGAGGCCAAUCAUGAGGGCUGGUACUGCGUUAGCGACGAGACAUUCUACCCAGAGACGCAGGUCCACAGAAUACUCGACCCUUCCACCGGCGAUACAAAGAUCGUCUCAAUAGAGACGGGAAAAGACGUGGAGUGGACUUCGGAGACAAACUACCAUUUCAAAUUGUCCGCUUUCCGAGAUUCACUGCUUGAAUAUUAUGGAAGAGAUCCUACUGCAAUUAUCCCUAAGCAACGGAUGGCGUUUGUCAUGAAAGAGAUCGAGAGUGGGCUCACUGAUCUUUCCAUAUCAAGGCCCUCAUCGCGUCUUUCCUGGGGAAUUCGGGUUCCAGGCGACGGCAGCCAGACCAUUUAUGUGUGGCUCGAUGCCCUGAUCAAUUACUUGACAAUGACAGGAUAUCCCUCCAAAAGCACGAAAGAUCAGGACUGGAUUUGGCCUCCAAACUGCCAAGUCAUUGGUAAAGAUAUCAUUCGCUUUCACACCAUCUAUUGGCCCGCUUUUCUCAUGGCUUUGGGGCUUCCUGUAACCCGGAAAUUCCUCACUCAUGCCCAUUGGACCAUGAACAAUGAGAAAAUGUCGAAGUCGGCUGGCAACGGUGUUAAUCCGUUUCUUGCUAUGGACAGGUAUGGCGUCGACACCAUUAGAUUCUACAUGGCUUACAACGGCGGCAUUGUCGACGACGCCAUGUAUGAAAACUCAAGGGUCGCAGAGACUUAUAAGCACGUCCUAAGAGAUGGGCUCGGCAAUCUAUUGCAGCGAGUCUUCAAGAGCAAGCAAUUCAACGUCCGUGAGUCCGUCAGGAUUGUUGCAGGGGACGAGGACUUUUCGGAAUUGCUCACCCAGGAGAAGCUAGACGAAUCUGACCAAGACUUGCAAACACUCCAUGAAAACAUCAAAACUUUCGGCCGGCAAUUGACAGCUGUAAGAGCCAGAACCGAGAAAGCGAUGAACGAACCAAAUCCAAGGACGACAGCGCAUCACAUCGUCGAGUUGAUCAGGAAUACGAACAAGUAUUUUCACAACUCUGCACUGUGGCGACGCAUAGACGCCACCAACCCCAAAGAGCUUCGACUGGCUCACUAUGGAGUCUAUUUGACCACCGAAUCGAUACGGAUCAUCGCAAUCCUUCUGCAGCCGUUUAUGCCGGAAAAAAUGAAAGCUGCCCUCGACACCAUGGAGGUGGCCGAGUCGAAAAGAACUUUUGAGCAUGCUCAGCUGCGUGCUGACUUCACAUAUGGUUGCUUGCCUCCUGAACCUGAGCCUGACAAGAAGAAAAGAAAGUCUGGGGAUCAGUUGUUCCCAGUACUUUUGUCCGACCACUGA